AUGCCAGGCAGAAGUAUUGUUAGUUCAAGUCAGAGACCUGAAAUUUCUCUUCCACCUGAAUCAAAUCCUAUUUUUCUCCGCGAUAUGUGGUACAGGGCAAAGGUCACAAGACGGGGUGCUUUGAGUUGGCAGAGGAGGGGUUUCCAUGGUGCUCGGGCAGGGGCAGGGGCAGGGAAGGGUGAGGACUGUAACAAGUGA